GCCAUGCCCAUGAAGGGCCGCUUUCCCAUCCGCCGCACCCUGCAGUACCUGGCCCAGGGUGACGUGAUCUUCAAGGAGUCCGUCAAGAUCAUGACUGUGAAUUACAACACAAAAGGGGAGCUGGGCGAGGGCGCAAGGAAAUUUGUGUUUUUCAAUAUACCUCAAAUCCAAUAUAAAAACCCUUGGGUGCAGAUCAUGCUGUUUAAAAACAUGACACCAUCUCCCUUCCUGCGGUUCUACUUAGAUUCUGGGGAGCAGGUCCUAGUGGAUGUGGAGACCAAGAGCAAUAAGGAGAUCAUGGAGCACAUUCGAAAAAUCCUGGGGAAGAAUGAAGAAACCCUGAAAGAAGAGGAGGAGGACAGGAAGCAGAUGUCCCACCCUGCCCACUUUGGGCCUCGGAAGUACUGCCUGCGGGAGUGCAUCUGUGAGGUGGAGGGCCAGGUGCCCUGCCCAUCCCUGGUGCCAUUAUCCAAGGAGAUGAGAGGGAAGUACAAAACUCCUCUGAAUGCCAGUGCCUAG